AUGAAUAUAUACAAUGAUGCUUCUGCGAACUCCGACGUUGAGUCGUUUGUGCAAGAUGCGCUGACGAUCUACGCUGUCAAGGGCUUUGUUGAAGUCGAUGUAAUUGGCAUGUACCAGAUUGCCUUCCUGACGUGCCUUGGCCCAGCGUUCAAGUAAAAACAGGACAGGACAGUGCCAUUGCGAAAUCCAUGUAAUGCAUCUGUUAUGCGGGGAUUCUCUUCGAUAAACCAUUUCAACGCUUUCUCAAUUAUUUUCUCCAUGAUUUUGCAAAAAGUGCAGGUAAGAUCCACUGGCAUGUAGUUAUUUGAAGAUUUUUUGACUUUCAUUUUUAAACAACAUGUGAUGAUUGCGGACUCCUAGUCCCGGGAGCGAUUUAGUCAUUUUAGAAGCUAGCUCCCUCAACAGCUUGGCAAGGAUUUCAUAGGGGCCAAGAGAAGUUGACUCUCUCAAGUUCAGCAACGAUUUGUGACUGGUUUCUUCCAUGAAGGGAACUGUUCGAUGCUAGGUAUUUUCCCCGUCGUCAUGAGUGGGUGGAAAAAGACCGGUCUAUCCUGUAAAGACGGGGCGGAAGAACUCAAAGAGAUAUCCGGGCUUUUAUCCCUCUCCGAGAUUUCCUCACAUUCGGCAGUUCACAACAGUGAGGCAGGGUCCUAAUUCUGCGCACAGUGUCUUUUACAACAGUAGAGGAUUUUGGGACCAACCGUUGCGCAGUUCAAAAGACCCCUUUUUGAGGAUCUACCGCAUUGUGACGAUGAGACUUUUGAUCCGGUUUAUUUGCAGCUUGUAAAUGUUGAGUGAUUUAGGUGUCCUAUCAGUGAAGGAUAUUUUGAACAGUUGUCUUUUCUUGUCGAAUUCUUUCUAUUAGUAUGCUGUCAGCCAGCAAGGCCUCUCCGUUAGUCUUUUUUGCAGGAUUGAGCAGUGGUUGGGGAGGAGAUGGUGGACUAGCACUUUGAACGGCCUCCAAACCUUGUCAAUAUUCCCGGAGAUUUUGGAUGCGCAGUCAAUAAAACGAAGUUCAUUUUUCGUCGAUAUGAGGUAUAUUAAAGUCCACAAUGACAAUAAUAUUCGGCGGCGUAACAAAUUUGAACGCCUUCAGCAGCAGGACAUCAGUUUCAGGGUCGAUACGCAGGACGGGACGUUUGGCCGGUACUGCAUCGAAACGUGGGGAGGCGGCUAGUUCAAGUUUAGGAAUUCCUCCUGAACGAUUGCUUCGGUGAAUAGGACCGUUUCAAUAGUAGAGCUUUCCUCGCUUUCAUCAGUGGGUGAAAAAAAGUUGGGCUCUCUCUCUCUCCGUCUCCAUGACGGACCAAAAUAACUGGGCAAAAUUUUCAGCCUUAUCCUUGUCUUCUGAAAUUUUUUGCACCCCGACAGUUCUCAGCGUUGAAUAGGGUCCUUUUUUGCGUACACUGCUUUAGAUAACUGCAAAGGCCCUUGCCGUUGCACUGUUCAAAUGAUCCUUUUUGAAGACCCAUCGAACUCUGGCGAGGAGAAUUUUGAGCAGCUUUUUCUGCAACUUGUAACCGUUGAGGGGUUCAGACAUCCUAUUAGUGAGCGGUCUUUUCCACAGUUUCCUCUUCUUUAAGGGUGGAGAAAACCAGCGGGGUCUGUUCGUCAGCCUUCUUCACAUGACUGGGCAGUGCUUGGAGAUGAUAUUGUGGACUUACUCUCUGAACUGAUCCCAAACCUCCUCGAUAUCGCUGGAGAGUCUGGAUGUCCAGAUCGUUAUUCAUCUGAUCGAAAUCGCCAUGCCAACUAUUGGGUCGGGAUCAAAUGGUUGGGCAGGCAAAUGGAAUAGGACGCAUUCUCAUGUGAGAAAUACAUCGUCGCUCUGACCUAAUGGGGGAGGCGAUUUACAACGUCAAUGGAUAACAAUGGUAACAAUCGGGAGAGGGCACCCGAAGAUUUGUUGUCUAGAAAGAAUACCUACUGUAGCAAUUUGAUUAGGUAAUAGCCCUUCAUAUUUGUUGUUUCAUCAGACCUGCGGUAGACAUGCUGCUUCAUUUACACUAUCAUAGUCUCAGUUGAGAAACGUUUACUGUAGAUCGACCCAUGGUUUAUCACAUUUAACCUUAGCUGUUGGCUCAUGCGAACUCUCAUCGGAAACAUGACGUUUUGGGAAAGACGCAAACUGCGAGUAGUAGGCAGUAACUGCUGGUGGAAUACUGUUUCAGUACAGGCGGAGGGGGUCGAGAGUCAGUCGUCUUAAGGUGCAUUAGAGUGUCGAUGAUGAGAGUAUUCGGUCGUUUAUCAAACAAUUUGAGCUCAUCCGGCAGUAGGAAAUCAAUUUCAGAGGCAUUUCGCUAUGGUCGAUACACCGCUAAGAUAUCAAGGCUUUGAGAACUCGCUGUCCCUAUGGUCAGCUCUGCUGCUAAGGCGUUACAAGUAGGCUUAUCAGUUUCCACUGGAAUAUGUCGGCAAUUCUUUACAAACGUAACUAUACUUCCACCAAUACAUCGAUAACCUGACAACCCCAACUGCUGUCUCCCGAUCGCCUUGCUCUAACCCCCAAGGCGUCAACGACAACAAACACCGUCAUCACCGCCGCCGCCGCCGCCGAUCACCUCCAUCUCCAUCAUCCCCACAAGCACCUCCGCUGUGACGCCGACGACCAUAGCCUCCACGCCUGCUACCUGCCAAAAAUCUCUCUUCAUUCCGUCAACUUCCACCUUCACAAUUACCACGCCCAUUUACCGUGAUGCGGGCUCAGACUUAACCUGUCCACGCAUUGGCCUGGUCGGCCGCAUGGGAAUCUACCGCGCGGCGACCGAAGCACUAGCGCCGGGAGCCCUCACGUACACUCACCGCAUACUGUUCGCGCACAUCCGCAAACCGCAUGGGCCUAUUGGGUCACAUCUGUAUCCACAACAGCGAAAUUCAUCGCAGUAUCGACAUGCCUAA